GCGUAAUCAGGCGUGUUCAAUCGAUAACCGGGUGUUAAAAAAAAGGAAAAAGAAAGAAAGGAGGAGACGCAAAACUUUUGCAAUAGCGUUUUUCGUAAUCCAGAAGAAAACAGAUACUUAUAGAAGAGUUUACACAGAAUAAGAAAAGACUUUAGAGAUAUGUGACCCUUCGUUCAACAUCGUGGAGUCGAGUUCAGCCUCAUUUAAGACAUGAGCAUCAAGCCACAAGACCUCAGGGUGUAAGAGGCGAUCACCAUGGCAACGCAGUUCAGUAUCGAUGAUGCCUUCGUGUUGGAGGGAGAUGAGGAGGGAGCCGUGUCUGAUGGAGAGCCAGAGGGAUGGAAGAGCCGAGAAAAGGACAGAGAAGGAGGAGAGAUGACAUUUGGUCCUCUAUCUUUCUCUAAACCUCAGUCUCAUCCGUCACCUGCUGCCGCCGGCUCACCUGAACACAGUAACCUGAAGUAUCAGAAUCUGGAAAAUGAAGACGCCUUGGGCAACAAUGGCAAUUCCUCUUUCAAUAACUUCUUCAAAAUCAGUGAUCCUGCGACUCUUUCUUACUGCAGCUCUCAGUGGUCUUUCAGCACCUUGAGUUCUGUCACACAGCUUUCUGCACACUGCUGCGGGUGGGUGUCCCAUCCGCUGGUGAAGAAAAACAGAAGAGUUGUUCUUGCUUCAUUCCUUCUCCUCAUCACUGGAGUUGCUCUUAUUUUCACAGGUGUUGUCAUACAGCUGAAUCCAAAUGCAGGGGUUUCAAGCGCUAUUUUCUUUGUACCUGGAUUCCUUCUCUUCAUCCCUGGAGUGUACCAUGUGAUAUACAUCAGCUGUGCUGUCCGAGGAAGAAGAGGCUUCAAAUUGUUCUACCUGCCAUAUUUUGAAAAAUGACAUUUCAUGAGACACUACGUUUUCACUACAUUUAAUAUUUUUUUGUUUAUCUUAAAAUGAAUUCUAUUUUGUCACUUGCAAGAAAAAAGGUGUUGUCACGUUGUUGUUUUUUCUUGUCAUUGUAAUGACCACUACUAAUGCAACCACUCAGCGCCUCGACUGUUUCCACUACAUGAACUGACCUUGCUGUAUGUGUCCACGGAUAAGAAGGAGAUUGGUCUUGCCUGUGUUUUCUAUGCCGUGUGAAUAAUGACUGUGAAAUUACAAUAAAACUUUUGUAUAUUUUAA